AUGUUUCAACGCUUACACAAAAAAUCGGCGUCCUGCACAGCACUCCCGGCACUUUCUGCCAGUUCGUCCAUCUCAACUCAAUCACAGCCGCCACCAUUAAGCCACGUGCAGCAACAACAAGGCCACAACGAUUACUACCAUCAUCACACUGAAUCACACAGUUCGCGAACUGACAGCAGCCAUCGAAGCAGUAACAGUAGCAGCAGUAGUAGUGGCAGCAGCAUUCAAAGCAAUCGAUCCAGCAAUCACAACUGGACAAAGACAGCAUUACCUUCACAAGAGGAAAACACAACAGUACGCAGUGGGUUAUCGUCCCUUUUAAAACACAAGGCUUCGCCAUUCCCUUUGCCAUCAGUAUGUAUAUUUUCACGAAAAGCGCUUCAGAACGAGUAUGCGGAUCACCAAGAGAUUGUGCCGUAUGUAAACCCAGCCAGCGUUCCCAUCGACCAGGUAUCCAUGCUCGUCAGUGUCCUGGAAUCCUUGUUUCGCACGGUCGACGAAGUCUUAUUGGAUGGGGAAAAUGCUGGGCCUGAACAAGAGCAUGAAAAAAUGGAAAACGAGGAACAAGAGGAUUGCCGCAUCAUUGGUCUCGGGACAUUCAAAGUUGUGUCAUGGACGCUUGGAGAUAUUAAGCAUGCUACCGCUGAUGAUCUUGACAUGGCAUUGGCUGUUAUAUUAUCAACUCAAUUUGCUGAUCGAGUUAUCAACGAACACAUCAAGGCGAUUCAAUUUCAUUUAGCAAAAAUGCUAGAUGAUGAGAAACCGAUUGCCGAGAUUGGAUCCAAAUUGUUCGCACUCGUAGAGCAGUUGUUUAUACCACAUUAG